GCCACAUCACAGCAGCUUUGCGAUGAAACGGGCUACAUCAUUCGAACAACACUGCGCGCCAUUUCCACCCCUCCCACCACCACCGCCGACCACCACACGCGACCGACCGCCCUCGCAUAGCAUUUGCGCGAAGCUCUGUUGAGAUCGCCGCCUCAUAUCCACCGAUCCAGCCCCGCCUCGAUUCGACCUUGCGCGCCUACAACAACAAUCCGUAGCCCGCUGCUGCAUGUAAAGGCCACACGCCCGGCCAUCCGUUCCUUACCACCCCACGAUCCUGCAGACUUAGAGACCGAUUAUGGAGGAGCAGAGCGCGCAGGAUGAGCUGUACCCGAUCGCCGUGCUCAUUGAUGAGCUCAAGCACGACGAUGUCUUGUUGCGCUUGAACGCCAUUCGGAGGCUGUCCACCAUCGCACUGGCUCUGGGCCCGGAGCGUACAAGGGACGAGUUGAUCCCAUUCCUGGAUGAGUCUGUGGAAGAUGAAGACGAGGUCUUGACUGCCCUGGGAGACGAGCUGGGCAAUUUCGUUGAGUAUGUUGGAGGGCCAGAGCAUGGGCACGUGCUCCUUUCACCGCUCGAGAAUUUGGCCACGAUCGAGGAGCCACUCGUGCGAGACAAGGCCGUCGAAUCACUUAACAAGAUCUGCGAGCACUUGUCCCAGCAACAAGUUGAGCAGUACUUCAUACCCCUUACCAUCCGCCUCUCGAAAGCCGACUGGUUCACGUCAAAGAUUUCAGCGACGGGUCUUUACAACACUCCUUACCAACAUGCUACACCUGCGUCGCAAGAAGGCCUCCGGCAGCAGUUCUCUCAGCUCGUGCACGACGACACCCCCAUGGUCCGAAGACAGGCGGCGAACAACCUCGCCAAGUUCGUCAAGAGCAUGCCGGCAGCCGUUGUGAUUGAGGACAUGAUUCCUCUCUUCCAGCAUUUGGCAGGAGACGACCAAGAUAGCGUGCGACUGCUCACCGUGGACGUACUCAUUGCGAUUGCGGAGGCCGUGCCUAAGGAGCAGCAGAGCAGUCAUGGAGUCCUUCUCACCGCAUUGCGCAGUUUGUUUGAAGACAAGAGUUGGAGAGUGCGCUACAUGGUCGCCGACCGGUUCGAGAAGGUAGCGAAGGCAGUCGAUGAUGAGGUGAUCGCCAGAGAUCUCGUCCCAGCAUUCGUCAGACUGCUCAAAGACAACGAGGCUGAAGUGAGGAGUGCAAUAGCCGGUCAAAUACCAGGUUUCUGUCAGCUCGUGGAUCGCCAGGCACUCUUGCGGGACAUCAUGCCGGCCAUCGAGGAUCUGGUCUCCGACUCUUCACAACACGUUCGCGCAGCAUUCGGCAACCAGAUUAGUGGCCUGGCGCCGAUCCUGGGCAAGCAAGAGACUACAGAGCACCUCCUACCGAUGCUUCUGCAGAUGCUGAAGGAUGACUUCCCGGAUGUCCGACUCAACAUCAUCUCAAAAUUGGAGCAGGUCAACAAUGUUAUUGGCAUUGAGCUCCUGUCGCAAUCCCUGCUGCCAGCCAUCGUACAAUUGGCUGAGGACAAGCAGUGGCGGGUGCGACUGGCUAUCAUCCAAUACGUGCCCCUUCUGGCCUCUCAAUUGGGCGUCAAGUUCUUUGAUGAGAAGCUGAGCAGUUUGUGCAUGUCCUGGCUGGGAGACACCGUUUUCAGCAUUCGAGAAGCCAGCACGCAAAACCUCAAGAAACUGACUGAAGUCUUUGGCGUCGAAUGGGCCAGCGAGGCUAUCGUGCCCAAGGUCGCCGCGAUGGCGGAGCAUCCUAACUACCUCUAUCGCAUGACGACUUGCUUUGCUGUCUCUAUCUUGGCACCCGCGCUAUCUCUCCCGGUCGUGGCCGAGUCAGUAUUGCCUAUUCUGCAAGCUCUCGUCAACGAUCCGAUCCCCAACAUCCGAUUCAACGUCGCCAAAUCAUAUGCCGUCCUCAUUGAUGUUCUCAAACGUCUGCCUGACUCUCCAACUGCCACCAUUGUCGAGUUAGAGAAGCAAGGGGAGACAACCUUCCCCGGCUCUCAGCGAGGACAGCAGCUGAUCAGAGACGAGGUCAUGCCACCUCUCGAGAAGCUGAUGCAGGAUGAUGAUGUUGAUGUGCGGUAUUUCGCGACGACGGCAAGCAAGGCGUGGACGGACACGGAAAAUGCUAUGGAAACCUAAAGUGCGGAUUUUUGGCGCUUUACGAUGGAAUAGAUUUUGACGAAUGGAAAGAUGGGACAGCUCACAGCACUCUCCAAGGCAGAAAUCUAGGGGCAGGCCGCUUCGCGACUCUGCUGUGCUAAUGACCUUUCGAUCGAGGGCAAUGUUGUGGGAUCAGCUAGAUUUAUAGGUUGUCUGGCUGUGUUGCAUGACUUGAUUGCAUGCAAGGCAUCGCUUGGGUCUGGGUUGAUAAAAAUGAUACCGAGCGAACUUCACCACAGGUUUCCAUCCCGCUGUCCACGUCAAGCGUGUCUGGGUUGGCUAUAGCUCUACCCGGUCAUGUUAUGCAGGCUGAAGUGAAUAUCCUCAAUUCAAUCCCUUCGCCCCAAUCCGCGUUAGACACCCUUCUAAUAAUCGCCACAAUUGUUCCUUUUCGAGCGAUCGAGGAAUCCUGACACCUGCGGUGCCCUUCGGCAACAAUGUAGCAAUCGUCCGCCCGCAUUGAGACUCGCUCGACCGUAUCUCAACGGACGAUCCAUGCAGACCUUCUGUAAUGACUUCGAUUGCGUAUCGCUCGCCAUCAUUGUCAUGGAAUAAGUCAUUGAAAAUAAUGGCCGCAACGGCCAACGGGUCAUGUGCUGGAGGUCCUUGCGUCAACCCGAAUACCUCUGCGUAUGUUUUGGCAAAGAAUGUUAGAAUCUCGUAAAACAGUUUUCGAGGUAACGAGACUUGGU